AUGCAAAAACAAGAAAUGAUAAGAAUUACUUGCAACGAUCGCCUUGGAAAAAGUGUCCAAGUGAAAUGCAGACCUGGUGACACAAUCGGAGAUUUGAAAAAAUUGAUCGCGGCUCAAACAGGCACCGACUCCUCGAAAAUUAUUUUAAAGAAAUGGUAUACCACUUACAAGGAUGCGUUGACAUUGGAAGAUUUCAAGAUGCGCAUAUUUCCUAUUAAAAUAUUUGAACAUAAUUACUCCUACCUUAUUCUCGAUGAGAAGGCAAACGAAGCCGCAGUCGUAGAUCCAGCUGAACCGCAAAAAGUUUUAGCUGUCCUUGCUCAAACCGGCGCGAAGUUAACAUCGAUAUUAACGACACAUCAUCAUCAUCGUCAUUCUUCUGGAAAUGUUGAGUUAAUAUCAGAUAGACCUAAUCUUGCAGUUUAUGGUCAUGACGCACGAAUUCCAGAAUUGAACUAUGUUUGUAAACAUAAUGAAGAGUUUACGGUUGGCACAUUAAGAGUACGCGCAUUGCAUACACCGUCUCACACAAAGGGUAGUGUGUGUUAUUAUGUACGGAAUAUCAAUGCAAGGAACGAGGAAGUAGAAAGAGCUGUAUUUACUGGGGACACAUUGAUGACCGGCGGAUGCGGAAAAUUCAUCGAAGGCGAGUCCAAAGAUAUGUAUAACGUCCUUUAUAACAUAUUAGGACAGUUGCCUAAGGAUACCAAGAUUUACUGUGGCCAUGAAUCUACGUUGAAGAAUCUUCGGUUUGCGAAUGCAAUAGAUCCAAAUAAUAGUCGUAUUAGUGAAAAGCUGGAAUGGGCGCAAACCGUAAAUUCCACUGUUCCUACUACUAUUGGAGAAGAAUUAGAAUAUAAUCCUUAUUUACGACUUUCAGAGCCAUCGAUUCAGAAUUUGACGGGAAAUUCUAAUCCUUAUGAAGCUAUGCAUAUUCUGAGAGUUUUAAAUGAUAAUUUUGAUAGCAAUAGUAAUGAACUCAAUAAUAUAAACGAACUCUUUGGAAUUAACUACGGUAUGAAUAAUGUUAACGUAAUAAACAUAGUGAACGGGAUAUCAAAUUUGGUAAUGUAA